AGUUGUGUCGCUCCUCCAAGGAAGCCGCGGAGGUGGCGCCUGGGCGAAAAGCCCGGCAGAAAAAGGAAGAGAGGAAGUAGAAAGGGAAGAGGGGAAAAUGAACCAGGCGCUGGGGGAGCCCGCGGUAAGGUGGCCGGCGGGGAAAGGAAGCAGGUUCGGCAGCUGCUUUUCCGCACCCCGUGCGUGAACGCCCUCUCCUCUGCCACCACAGUAAAUAAGUGGGUAUCUCCUGAACUGAACAGCAAGAGAAAAGAAGCCAGCCAAGUGAGAGUACAGGUCCUCUGUCACUGCCGCCCCCUUGCAAGUCUGGCGGCUUCUCGCGGGGCCAGACGCUGCGCCCCAGGCGCCCUGCAGAUGGGGUGGACAGGGACCCGGAGCUCAAGCCACGGGUGACCCGCGCUGGCCGACCGGCCUGCGGCGCUUGCGGAGGAUGCUAGGCGGAGGAGCCCUGGAACCGCAUCCGACACUGCCCGGCGUCCACUAGGCUGCAACUUGGAAUGCCCAGGGAGCGGUCCGGCUCCUGUGACCGCUUCGCCGCGUCUAGGGAAGCUGCGCUCCGGAUUUGGAGGCAGAGACCUCAGGCGGCGGAGACCUCCGGCGGCGGCUGCAGAGGGAAGAGCCGGGCGCAGGAGGGGGCGCGCUUUCUCCCAGCGGGUCUCAGUAAUGAGGAGACUGAGUUUGUGGUGGCUGCUGAGCAGGGUCUGUCUGUUGCUGCCUCCGCCCUGUGCACUGGUGCUGGCCGGGGUGCCCAGCUCCUCCUCGCACCCGCAACCCUGCCAGAUCCUCAAGCGCAUCGGACACGCGGUGAGGGUGGGCGCGGUGCACUUGCAACCCUGGACCACGGCCCCACGCGCAGCCAGUCGCGCUCAGGACGGCGGCAGGGCGGGUGCCCAGAGGGAUGAGCCAGAGUCGGGGACGUGGCGGCCACCGGCGCCCUCGCAAGGCGCACGUUGGUUGGGGAGCGCCCUGCAUGGCCGGGGUCCACCCGGCUCCCGCAAGCUCGGGGAGGGCGCCGGGACCGAGACCCUGUGGCCGCGGGAUGCCCUACUGUUCGCUGUGGAAAACCUGAACCGUGUGGAAGGGCUCCUUCCCUACAACCUGUCUUUGGAAGUAGUGAUGGCCAUCGAGGCGGGCCUGGGCGACCUGCCGCUUAUGCCUUUCUCUUCCCCAAGCUCACCGUGGAGCAGUGACCCUUUCUCCUUUCUGCAGAGCGUGUGCCACACCGUAGUGGUACAAGGGGUUUCGGCGCUGCUGGCCUUCCCCCAGAGCCAGGGCGAAAUGAUGGAGCUGGACUUGGUCAGUUCUGUCCUGCACAUCCCAGUGCUCAGCAUAGUGCGCCACGAGUUUCCGCGGGAGAGUCAGAAUCCCCUGCACCUACAGCUGAGUUUAGAAAAUUCACUAAGUUCUGAUGCUGAUGUCACUGUCUCAAUCCUGACCAUGAACAACUGGUACAAUUUUAGCUUGUUGCUAUGCCAGGAAGACUGGAAUAUCACCGACUUCCUACUCCUUACAGAGAAUAACUCCAAGUUCCACCUCGGGUCUAUCAUCAACAUCACUGCUAACCUGUCCUCCACAAAGGACCUUCUAAGUUUCCUGCAGGUCCAGCUGGAAAACAUUAGGAACAGCACACCCACAAUGGUGAUGUUUGGCUGUGACAUGGGGAGCAUCCGGCAGAUAUUUGAAAUGUCCACACAGUUUGGGCUAUCACCUCCUGAACUUCACUGGGUUUUAGGAGACUCACAGAAUGUGGAGGAGCUGAGGACAGAAGGCCUGCCCUUAGGGCUCAUUGCUCAUGGAAAAACCACACAGUCUGUCUUUGAGUACUAUGUUCAGGAUGCCAUGGAAUUGGUUGCAAGAGCUGUAGCCACAGCUACCAUGAUCCAGCCAGAACUUGCUCUCCUUCCCAGCACAAUGAACUGCAUGGAUGUGAAAACCACAAAUCUCACUUCUGGACAAUAUUUAUCAAGGUUUUUAGCCAACACCACUUUCAGAGGUCUCAGUGGUUCCAUCAAAGUAAAGGGAUCCACCAUCGUCAGCUCAGAAAACAACUUUUUCAUCUGGAACUUGCAGUAUGACCCUAUGGGAAAGCCAAUGUGGACUCGCCUGGGUAGCUGGCAAGGGGGAAGGAUUGUCAUGGACUCUGGAAUAUGGCCAGAGCAGGCCCAGAGGCACAAAACCCACUUCCAUCACCCAAACAAGUUACACUUAAGAGUGGUGACACUGAUUGAACAUCCAUUUGUUUUCACGAGAGAAGUAGAUGAUGAAGGCUUAUGCCCUGCUGGACAACUCUGUCUAGACCCUAUGACUAAUGACUCUUCCAUGCUGGACAGCCUGUUUAGCAGCCUACAUAGCAGUAAUGAUACAGUGCCAAUCAAGUUCAAGAAGUGCUGCUAUGGGUAUUGCAUUGAUCUACUGGAACAGUUAGCAGAAGACAUGAACUUUGACUUUGACCUCUAUAUUGUAGGGGAUGGAAAGUAUGGAGCUUGGAAAAAUGGUCACUGGACUGGGCUGGUUGGUGAUCUCCUGAGUGGAACAGCCAACAUGGCAGUCACUUCUUUCAGCAUCAAUACUGCAAGAAGCCAAGUGAUAGAUUUCACCAGCCCUUUCUUCUCAACCAGUUUGGGCAUCUUAGUGAGGACUCGAGACACAGCAGCUCCCAUUGGAGCCUUCAUGUGGCCACUCCACUGGACCAUGUGGCUGGGGAUUUUCGUGGCUCUACAUAUCACUGCCAUCUUCCUCACUCUGUAUGAAUGGAAGAGCCCCUUUGGUAUGACUCCUAAGGGGAGGAACAGAAACAAAGUCUUUUCCUUCUCCUCAGCCUUGAAUGUCUGCUAUGCCCUUCUGUUUGGCAGAACAGCAGCCAUCAAACCCCCUAAAUGCUGGACUGGAAGGUUUCUGAUGAAUCUUUGGGCCAUUUUCUGUAUGUUUUGCCUUUCUACAUACACAGCGAACUUGGCUGCUGUCAUGGUAGGUGAGAAGAUCUACGAAGAACUUUCUGGAAUUCAUGACCCUAAGCUUCAUCAUCCUUCUCAAGGUUUUCGUUUUGGAACUGUCCGGGAAAGCAGUGCUGAGGAUUAUGUGCGGCAGAGCUUCCCAGAGAUGCAUGAGUACAUGAGAAGGUAUAACGUACCAGCCACCCCUGAUGGAGUGCAGUACCUGAAGAAUGAUCCAGAGAAACUAGACGCCUUCAUCAUGGACAAAGCCCUUCUGGAUUAUGAAGUAUCAAUAGAUGCUGACUGCAAGCUUCUGACCGUAGGAAAGCCAUUUGCCAUCGAAGGCUAUGGCAUUGGUCUCCCUCCCAACUCUCCGUUGACCUCUAACAUAUCUGAGCUCAUCAGUCAGUACAAGUCUCAUGGGUUUAUGGAUGUGCUUCAUGACAAGUGGUACAAGGUGGUUCCCUGCGGAAAGAGAAGCUUUGCUGUCACUGAGACUUUGCAAAUGGGCAUCAAGCAUUUCUCUGGACUCUUCGUGCUGCUGUGCAUAGGAUUUGGUCUCUCCAUCCUGACAACCAUUGGUGAACACAUAGUGUACAGACUGCUGCUACCACGAAUCAAAAACAAAUCCAAGCUGCAGUACUGGCUGCACACCAGUCAGAGGUUUCACAGAGCAUUAAACACAUCAUUUGUAGAAGAAAAGCAGCCACGUUCCAAGACAAAACGUGUGGAAAAGAGCAGAUGGAGAAGAUGGACCUGCAAGACAGAAGGGGACUCUGAAUUGUCUCUGUUUCCUAGGUCCAACAUGGGACCCCAGCAGCUCAUGGUAUGGAAUACUUCCAAUCUGAGUCACGAUAACCAACGAAAAUACAUCUUUAAUGACGAGGAAGGACAAAACCAGCUGGGUACCCAGACCCACCAGGACAUCCCUCUCCCUCCAAGGAGAAGAGAGCUCCCUGCUUCACUGACCACCAAUGGGAAAGCAGACUCCCUCAAUGUAGCUCGGAACUCGGUGAUGCAGGAACUCUCCGAGUUGGAGAAGCAGAUCCAAGUGAUCCGCCAGGAGCUGCAGUUGGCUGUAAGCAGGAAGACAGAGCUGGAGGAGUAUCAAAGGACGAACCGGACUUGUGAAUCCUAGGCUGUGUCUCUGCUCUCCUUUCUCAGCCCCUGGUACUCUGAGGCCCUUGAGGCUCUUUGUAAAGCUCUUUUAUAUCCAUUGACAAAGGUGUGGGGUCUGGCAAUGAAGUGUGCUGUUCUCAGCCUAAGAUGCAGCAGCAGCUCUUCCCACACACGCCCCCAGGUCUCCAGGGUAGAAAUCUUUCCAACAGUAGGAACCUAGAGUUAGUCAGGAGUAAAGUCUGUCUAAGGGGAUCGGCAAGCUGCCAGACAACUCUGGCUCCUGUCAACCUUUCACCUGGUGCCACAAAAGUAUUUCUGGUUUUUAGCCCUUUCUCUGCACCUCAACAAGAGAUAAAAAUCUGCUGCUCAUACCCGUAUCUUACUGGGUUUGUUUUUUAAUAUUAUUACAAAAUAGAAUGAUCUAGUGUUGCAGAUUUGAUACAACUCCCCAAUCUAGAUUUGACCUAACAUUCUGAAUGAACAGGGUAGGAGCCCCACAAACUUGAACAGAAAAGAUACAUUAAAAAAAAAAAAAAAAUGAAGGGAGCUCAGAAUUCACACAGGCAAGGGUUGACUGGCCAAGCUGGCACCAUGUGCUUGUGCAGCUCUGGAUCUCUGAGCCUCCCCUGACUAACCUUGAGUAGGAACAUGCUGAUGUACCACUAUAAAUGGGAAAUGGAUGCAGAGUGGCAGCAGAGGACAGGCAGAUGAGACACCAACAAUGCACAGGGUGCUUUUAAAAUAAAGCCCUGGGCCAGAAAGGCAAUGUGGCUAAAGAAUGUAUUGCACUAUACUUUUAAUCAGAACUAAUCAUCUCCACCAUAGUGUGUGCCUUCUAUAAAGGAGAGAGAAGCAAGAACGGCCAUGUCCUUAGCGGGAACCUUUGCUAGCCACCUAGUUAAAUGCCUGCAACAGGGUCUGUGAGCUGACACUGUAUUAAGGGAAAUUCUGCACACCACAGGUGAGGCUUUUUUCAGACCAGUGGCCACCUCUUUUAAUCUGAGGGAUCCCAGAAGCAACCAGAAACCAUCAUAAAUGUCAAAUACCGGAGUCUGCCCUGCUUCACCAUCUCCCACUCUUAUACUGUCUCAGAUGAGUUAUGCUAAGUUCUAGUCUGAUUAUCCUCCUGGUUCCAUUUAAUGCCCUCAGAUCGAUUCAAUUAGCGUGGCUUCCCCUCUGUUUAGGUAUCACUUUCUAGUCAUAUAAUUGCUUGGCACGAAGGAAAGAAACAUGAGCUCUCUAGACUUCCUGUAUGUUCCCAACUGUUGCCUAGAUAAUCAUCUAAGGCUAUCAUUAUAGUGCUGAUGGCCAAGACUUAACCAGAAGGGAUCUGGGAAGGCCUAGAGGUGGGCUCAGAAUUCUAAUGCUAGGUAACACCCUAGGACACACCACAGUUAUUCUCAGAGAAACACUGCUCUGGAAGUUUGGCUACCUCUUGGCAUGUGAGAAGGAAGGAGAGAGAGCCUGUAGCCUUUUCUCCUUUUACUUCAGCACCCAGCUACUGACUGGUUUCCAUAUCCCCACCCUACACCAGGGUUCCAUUUGGAAGUAUACCUUGUUUAUCAGUCAGUGUUGCUUAGGUUCUCACUUCUCCAGUCAUUGUAAUGUCUACAAGGAAUGCACAAUGAUGUCCUAAGGAGUGCUCGGAUCAUUAAAAGGAGCAUCAGUGGCUCAACUCCUCUUACUUUGGGACACACUGUCCACACUCCACCAAGAGCUACACAGAUUCCCACAUAAAGAUAGUGCCCUAAGUUGUAAUCAGAACACUUGAGCAAGGAGUUAAAUGGAGGAGUAAACCUGGGAGUGCAAGAAAACUCAAGAAACACUCAAGGGGAGGCAGAGGGACUUUAAAAAUAGACUUCAGCUUCACAGAUUCAACAUUUCACUGAAGUGCAGCAUCCUCAUGCCCUAUUACAUUCUCAGCCCAGUGGGCCUCAGCUGCCUUUUGGUAGGUUCCAUCCCUUAGCCAUUCCUACCCAUCUGUAACAAUGCCCUAGGAGCUCAGCUCCAAGCAUCCCUGGUUACCUGUUCAGCCUGCAAGGCCGAUGUAUAGUGUACCUCUAUUCACAUGACUGCCAUGCUCCUGCUGUACAUGGACAUCUGUUCAACGACUCAUAUUUCAACUGUACCCGAGAGGCUAGCUAUUUAAGGGAACAGAGGUGAAUUCGUUUGUAAAGAAUCCUUUUGUAAUGCAAACCAAUUAUCCCCGAAGGUAUGUGUUUUGUAAGUUUGGAUUUUUGUAUAUCUGGUUUGUCUUAAGCUUCUCUACUGAGGCAUUCUGAGUAGUGGCCAUCAGAGUCUCCUGCCUGCCCACAGAGCAGAGAAUCAGUGCACGCUCUUAAGAGAAACUACUUGGCCAAACUGGCCAGGAUGCAGCAAGCAGCAGCAGGAACAAAGCAGGCUUACUGCUGUCAACACUGCUUAAAAUGCUUUCAUGUCCUAGGUAAAGAAAAAACAUAAUUGCUUGUGAAGCAGUUUCAUGAUAAAUAGUAAAAAAAGAAAAAACAAAAACAAAAAACAAAAAAAUUAAUGGUAGUAAUUGAACAGUGUUUUGCAAUUUGUGAAACAGUGUGCUGUGUUUUGUACAAUGAUUUCACGAAAGGGAGAGUCCUUCCAAACCUUUGUUCUGCUCCACCGCAGCUCCCUCACCUAUCCUCAGGCUCACAGUGGAAAUGUCCAGGGACAGGGCUGUUAGAAUGAGCUAAGGGAGACUGUUUUGCGUCCUGAGUUUCUAUUUCAUUGGAUCAGGAAAUCCUCCAUUUGCCAACCAGGCUCCAGUACUGGGAAACAUGGAAUGUGGAAAACUGUCCCACACUCCAAGCCAUUUUCCAAGGGGGCCUGGCACAGGAAGCACUUCAAGCAUGAAUUGGGUAAGCUGGUUUGUUUGAAUAGGAAAGGGUUCCAGAGUAUUUGCCACAAGAGGAGAGAAUUCCUCCAACAAAUAAAAGCAAGUUCGAACGGGCUGGAUAGCCAAAGAGGCAGCCAUACGGACCUAAGAAGUUGGGGUCUGUAGUAUGCCUGGAUUUUCUAUUAUUCAUGAGAUUUGUACAAACCCUAUACCGGAAUGGAUGCUUCCCUUCCACCGCCCUGAAAUGUACGUGGAGCCACUCAGAACACCAACUGUAUCACUGAGGUAACUCCUCAGUGUUGGGUCCAUUACAGCCUUGGAGCAAAGUUGACCACCACUUUGUGUGGAUCAAGAAGAGAAGAAACUACUUUGUAGUCUUUGAAAAGCAAGCCAGAAAAUCCACUGCGUCUUCAGCAGAAAUUCCUUUUCUAGACGUUAAAACCACUUUACCAUUCGUACUGUUUGUUGUAUAUUUCUCCUGACCCUACUCCCCACUCCUGCCACCAAACACAUCCGGUCUAGGGAUUCCUCACUCUCUUUCAUUUAGCUGCCAGUCAUUUUAUGAAAAUGAAGUGCUUCUAAGUAUUUCCGUAAGGUCUGUGAAGAGUAUUUGCCCUGCGUCUUCAUUUCCAUGUGUGUGCAACUGCUCCGCUCCAAGAACUGCACCGCUGUCUUGUGAGCAUGGCGUGAACAGGCUGUUUUGCUCCAGCCACUUUUCUUGUACAACUACGGGGAUGGACUAGAUGUCCUCUGGUCUUUUCCAUCUUCGCUUUCUAUGACUGUGGAAUAAAUGUUCAGACAGAAACUUCA